UUGGUCCCGAGUGGUGAUGAUGCGCCCGAGCGCGCGCGCUUUUAUCUGCAAAGCUUUCUUCACUUCACGCACAUUUAAAACAAAAAUCUCUCAAACCAAUCGCUCUUUCUCACAUACUUCAGUGUAAGUAGCCAAAAAACACAAUCCUGCCAUUCAAACAGCGGGACAGUCCGCCACUGUCUCCUUCCACACAUGACUUUAAUAGACUUUGAGGUGUCAUAGCAAGUUAAUUAUUGCUGUUUCACACAAAUGAACUUAAUGAACAUGGUGAAGCAGCCCAUGGAGCACAUCAAGAGACCAAUGAACGCCUUCAUGGUUUGGUCUCGAGGUCAGAGAAGACAAAUGGCCCUGGAGAACCCAAAGAUGCACAACUCGGAGAUCAGCAAGAGACUCGGGGCUGAGUGGAAGCGGCUCUCCGACUCUGAAAAAAGACCAUACAUCGACGAGGCCAAACGACUGCGUGCGCAACACAUGAGGGAGCAUCCAGACUACAAAUACCGACCGAGACGCAAACCUAAAGGGCUCCUGAGAAAGGACAUGGUGCUGUCUUUACCGCUUGUCGGCCAAAGUGACUCGGAAAAACCACGAGAUGUUCAUUCAUCAUCCGCUGCUGCGCAGCAUCAAUUCGUGGAGCAGAGCCGCUCUACCUGCACUGUCUUUCCGCACGAGAAACUGGGGUUUAGCACUGGCUCUUUGGCUUUCUCUCCAGCUUUGGGGUAUCAGGGUGGACACAGGUCUGCGGGGAGUUUAGGAUGCCCUGGUCAGUUCGCGCACACUCAUCUGUCUCCGGCAAACCCCGGGUACUUGCUGCCCUGUAGCUGCUCGCACUGGUCUGCCAGCCUCAGUCCUCCUCCUCUCGCCUACAUUGUGUUUCCAGGUAUGAGCAACUCUGCCAUCAACUCCACGAUGCAGUGACUGUGAAUGACUGAUCGCGGACUGCUCCUUUUUCCCUUUUAAGAGGAAUUCACGUGUAGCUUUAAUAACAUGGAAAACAUUUAAAAUUAUUUGUGUAAUUCAUU